ACACCACGUAAUAAUGCGCAGGGGAGCCCCAUCUAGGCCUCUCACCUCCCACUGUAAGUGCUCUCCGAGGCUGCAGUGGUUGGGAUGGCGCAUUUUUGCGAGUGUCCUCUGCGACUGGAGAAGGGCUUUAUCUUAGACGGGGUGGCCGUGAGUACCGUGGCCCGCUCCUAUGAGCACCUGAGGCCCAAGCUAUGGUCCGCCAUUCCGUCCUACAACGCGCAGCUGGACUACCACGCCCGCCGGUACUUCCAGAGCCACGUGGUUCCGCCCAUUUUGAGCAAAACUGAUCAGGUAUCCUUGCACCCAGGAGGGCCUCUCUUCCCACAGAAGCUGCCUUGCGGGCGGGAUGUGGGUCAGAGGCAAGGUCCUCUGCCCCCGCCCUCAGGGCAUUCCCUCCAGCAGGUGACUGGGCAUGACUACUACAAUGCCGAUCUGAAACUGAUCAAGGGCUUCAAUGGCCGUUUUGGCUACCGCAGGAACACCCCGGCCCUCCGCCAGCGCCCAUCUGUCUUUGGUGAGGUCACCCAAUUCCCUCUCUUCUAAUAGCAUCUCUUCCCAUCACAGCACUCGACCUGAAUUUCGAAGGCAGAUGUUUAGAUGCACUCUCAAUGUCAAUGUCAUUUUAUAUAUAUUAAAAAAGUUUAUUUGUGUCUCCAA